CGGCAGCUUGACUGUGAGAGCUGCGGGGCUGAGGAGGAGGAUUUUCAUGGAGGGAGUUGAAUUGUUUCAGUCUGUCAUCGUUCAGGUUUGAAAACAAAGCUCCGGUGAAAGUGGCAGAAGAAUGAAAACAUGUGAAAAAGAUGAACCACACACACACACACACCUGAGUCCUGUGUAAAGAUCUGAGGAGUGAGAUGAUCCCUGAGUCCACAGCUGCAGCUGCGUCUAGGUCCUCAGAGCAGACUAAGAAAUCGCAUGAUGAGGCUAACUCCUCUGGUGCUGUCAAUCAUUCCGAGGACGAGUCGGGAAACGAGAAUCAACAAAAGAACGUGAGAAGAAGGAAAAGAGCUCACAAGGGCUCAGAGAAUGUCAAACGCAAAAGUGCCAGAGCCGGCUGCAGCAGCGUCGGCAGAGCGAGAGGCCGCCGCGGUAAACGGAGACAUGUGGAGAACGUCACCCUGUUCGAGGUUAUCACUAUGGGCAGGAGUGCCAUGCGGGCGGUGAUAGACGACUGGAUUAAGGCUUAUGUGACGGACAGAGACUCGUCUCUCCUCGAUCUCAUCAGCUUCUUCAUCCAGUGCUGUGGAUGCAAAGGUGUGGUCACAGCAGAGAUGUGUCAGAGCAGAGAGGACAGUGAUGUGAUGAGUAAGAUGGUGGAGGAGCUGGACGAGGUGGCGAGUCUGCAGUAUAAAAAGUUUCUGGCCUUUCCGUGGAUCCUCACAGUGACGUGGCCCAUGGACACAGACAGUGUGGAGUAUCCCCUCACACAGUCAGGUCCGUACGGUCGCUGGUUCCACUCCGAGUUCUGUGACUUCGUGUCGGUGCUGGUGGCUCAGUGUCAGCACAGCGUCAUCUUCGACAGUUACCUGAUGAACACGCUGAUCUCGCUGCUCACGGAGCUGUCGAACUCUUACAUACGGGCCUUCAGACACACCUGUACGCUCGCAGCGGUGAAGCUGUUGAGUGCUCUGGUGGGCGUGGCUCUGAGCCUGAGUGUCGGGAUUGAAAACAGUCAGAAACUGUACAAGGUGCCGAAGACAAAGACCACGCGACAGAAACUCACUCCGCAGCUGGAGAGAAUACAGAAGAAGAUCGCAGAGCUGCAGGGGAAGAGGGUGGAGAUAGAGAGCAUGAUGGACAUCGUCUUUAAAGGGGUUUUUCUCAAGAGAUAUCGCGAUGUGCUUCCAGAAAUUCGCUCUAUCUGUGUGGAGGAGUUGGGUUUGUGGAUGAAGCUCUACAGUUCUGAAUUCCUGAACGACACCUACCUCAAAUACAUGGGCUGGAUGAUGUACGACAAAACACCAGAUGUGCGUCUCAAGUGUGUGUUAGGUUUGCAGGGUUUGUUUGGGGAUCCUCUGCUUCUCCCCAAACUUGACCUGUUCACCAGCCGCUUCAAGGAGCGGAUGAUCUCCAUGACGCUGGAUAAGGACAAUGAAGUAUCAGUACAGACCAUGAAGCUGCUGCUUCUCAUCUCCAGAACAUGUGAUGAUGUGCUGAGUCCAGACGACUACAAGCAGCUGCUCCAGUUCGUUUACUCCUCACAGCGACCUCUAGCAGCCGCCGCAGGGGAGCUGCUCUACUUGAAGCUUCUCAGCUCUGGAGCUCAUACAUCUGAUUCCCAGGAUGAAAUAAAUGAGGAGGAGGCACAUAAACUCCAAACUUCUGCCAGACUGAAGUCUCUGCUGCAGUUUCACCAGGAGUCUGAGCUGCACAAACACGUAGUGUACCUGGUGGACAGCCUGUGGGACUGUGGCGGAGCUCUGCUGAAGGACUGGGCUGCACUCACGUCCAUACUGCUGCAGGAACCGUCCUCACACGGUCCAGGUCUUACACUGGCAGAACAAGCACUGCUCGUAGAGAUCCUGGUGGCGUCGGUGCGUCAGGCCUCAGAGGGACCAGCCCUGGCCGGCAGAAGUGGAGCGAAGAAGGCAUUGAAUGCCAGAGAAAAGAAGAUUCAGAUCGAUGACUGCACUAAACUCACCGAACAUCUCCUCACUGUUCUCCCAAAGCUACUGAAUAAGUUUUCAAGUAGCUCAGACGUCGUGGCCUCCCUGUUGAGGAUUCCUCAGUUCUUCAUCCCUGAGUGUCCUGAGGCUGAAAACACACAGGCGGUUUCCAGCCUGAUGGCAGAGCUGGGAGCUGUGUUGGACUUCCACUCGGGCCCCGUGGUUGUGGAGGCAGCGGCUCGCACGUACCUGAGUCUGUGUGGAGAGGAGACGUCCUGUGGCUCUGUGGCGCGGGACGCCAGAGACUCUUUGGUCCAGACCUGGGUGGACAAACUGACAGUUCUGCUGGAGGACUCAUUGCAGGUGGGCGACUGUUUCUCUGCUGAUGAGGAGAAAACCGGAGACAUUUUAUCCACACUGAGGAAACUCAGAGCUUUCCACAACUGCCACGACCUCUCUCGGUGGAGUCUGUUCCAGCUGCUCUCUCCUCUCCUGUCAGCGGGAGGAGCUCCACCCGAGGUGCUGCUGGAGGUUCUGCAGUGUCUGUGUUUCUUCAUGAUCUGGUCCCUCAACGUGAGCAGUGGAACUCUGACAUCCAGAGAGAAGGCUGUGGCCCAGAGGCUCCAGCUGCGCCUGUUCUGUGAGCGGAGUCAUCGCUGUCUCUCUCACUCCGACCACAGCGUCCGACAUCAGGCUUUCCUGGGUGUGUGUGACGUCCUGGUGGCUCAUUCCUACCAGACCCAUGUGUGGGAUCCCACCUCCUUCGGUCCGCUGCUCCACACGCCCAGUCCCAAACUGCAGAGGGCGCUGUCGACCUUUGUAUGCAUGCACGUCUUUGUUGGCCCAGACUGUGACAGUCAGAGCAGAGUCAGCGAAGGCUCCGAGGUGGAGAGGCUGGAGGACCUUCACAGACGGAGAAAUCUGCUGGCGGCCUUCUGCAAACUGAUAGUGCACGGGGUGCUGGAGAUGAGCACCGCAGCUGAGGUCUUCAUGUAUUACACGAAGUAUUAUAACGACUUUGGAGACAUCAUCAAGGAGACCAUGUACAGGGCCAGACAGACGGAUAAGAUAGAGAGUUCUCGCACACUAGUCCUCUGCUUGCAACAGCUGUUUGUGCGACUUAAAAAGGAGCAGGAGAGCGGUGGCAGGGCUCAAGCAGGAGUCCAGACCUUCACCAGCAUCAAGGAGCUGGCCAGGCGCUUCGCCCUCACCUUCGGGGACCCCGUCAAGUUUCGGGAGUGCGUCGUCAUGAUGCACAGGACGGGGAUCGAGUUUGUGUUCCAAGAGUUUAACCAGACCCCGGAGACACCGACGCCACCGCUCCUCUCGUACCUGACCAUCCUCAGCGAGUUCUCCAGCAAACUGCUCAAACCAGACAAGAAGACGGUGUUCAUGUACCUGCAGAAACACACAGCGGAGCUUUUCAUAAACCUCAGAGACGAGUGCUGGCAGCCGCUCGUCUACUAUCGUGCUUCCCUACUGACUGCAGCUGAAGGGGAGGAUGCUGUGUCCUAUGUCAGCUCUGACAGGAAGCCCUGCCCGCCCAAUCGCUCUCCCUUCUCCAAACAGAAACUAGAAGGUACCGCACAGAACAGAGUUACAUCAUAUUGUUUACGAGCUACGUCACGUGUGCAUCUUUUUGCUUUUCAGGAAGUAAGUCUCCCUGCCUGUUCAGCCCUGUCGAUUCCAAAGUUAGCAAAGGUCACAGAUCUAAAUUCAGUCCAAGUCAUCAGGAGAAAACAACAGACGUGGAUCUCUUUUCUCUUCCACUGGAACCUGCUGCACGAGGUCUGAACCCAGAGGGGUUCGUCCUCAGCUCCAGCAACGAGGCGGAGGACGACACUGUGGAGAUCGAACUUUGAAUUCGAGGAGGUUGAGGAACAUCGGUGUUGAGGAACAUCUGCGAGUUUCUUUUGUUUAUUUUUUUUUCUUCUGUCUUCAGACGUCCAGACCGGCCAGCAUCCAAAGUUCCUAAACGUCUCGUACAUCAUGUUUUUUAAGAGGAGACCAGCUUUAAGGAUUAAUGUGGUGAUACUCUGUCUUCAAAGCCCCAAAACAGACCAAUGAAUUGGUAAAUGGACUCUAUUUAUAAGGAGCUUUUCUAGUCUUAUGGACCACUCAAAAAGCUUUACAGUAAAAAUCCCAUUUGCACAUUCACGCAGCGCUUCAGGGGCAAUUAGGGGCUCAUUAUUUGUCCAACUUCAGAAUGCCGACUGGAGAAGCUGGGGAUUGAACCACUGCUCUCUGGUUAGUGGACAACCCUCUGUCUCCUGAGUCACAGCCAAUUCAAAUGACUGUUGUCUGUGUAGCCAAAAAAAUGUCUUUAGAGCUUUUAUAUCUUCGCCAUUGUGUUGUUAUGUCACCUAGAAAGUAUUGAAAACACAUCAAUAGUCUCACAUGUUCCCUAACUACCACAAACAUGGGAAAUCCCACUGUCGUCCUGUGAUAAAUACUCUGUAGAACUCCAAAGGUGCAAUAACCCGACCCUGAAAGUAGGCCCUGGAUAAUUGAAUCAUGUUCAAGUAACAUUUGUUAAGCAUUUAGGUGCUCAGCUGUUAUAGAGAACAAGUUGCCCUAUUAAAAAUCAUGUAUUAUAAGAGAAGAUUAACCUUUAUUGAUCCUCCGUAUAGGAAAUUCCCAAAUGACACAGCAGCAACAAGGAAGUAGCAGCACAAGGGGAGAAUAUAGUGAAAUACUACAUAUACAUAUAUAUUCAAAAAUCCAGUGGGUGUAAAUGUGUUUGGGUCUGUUAGGAGGGAAGUGGGAACGUUUUGAGAGGCGCUAAAACAUUGUUGGUUUUAGUCUUUUUAUAUUUAUGGUAUUUAUUGAAAAGCUUUACUCUUAAUAAUAAAUAAGGCCAAGUACAAGUUGAAUUUAACAUUUUGCAGUUUGACUUGAGAAGCAGCUUUUAUCUGUGUACAGAUUUUCCUUUAUCGCUUCACAUGUCGAUUAUAUGUGAAAGUUACUGGUGCCACCAAGUGAUUUAUUUGUUCAUUUGGAUCAAACUCAGGUCCAUGAUUUGUCUUUGUUUAUUAUCUGGGGUUGGUUAAGAAUUAUGCCUCUACUACCUGUCACUUUAUUAUUGCUCCUUAUAGGAAACGCUGGGUUGAAGUUACCUUAAAACUACCUAUGUAUUGUAAAGUAAAAUAAAUGAAAGAAGACAUUUUACAAAGUGA